AUGAUUUGCCGCCACCUUCUCGGUCUUCUCCUGUUAUUGUUCGUGACCAUCGCCUCGGCUCAACUCGACACCCAUUUUGAUGAUGCGCAAGUCUACUGGCCAUCCGAAUACAAGCGAAGCGCUCCAGCGCAGACGUCCUCCGAAGGUGAAAUGUUCGCGUUCCCGGGACUUCGUGGACUACGUGGAAAGAGGGAUCCAGUGUACAAUAAACGUGUUCCGAUGAUGUCUUUGAAGGGACUUCGGGGUAAACGUGGACACUUUUAUGGUGGACAAGAAGAGCAGGAACAAUAG